AUGCUGUUAUUUGAAGCGUCGGAGCUAAGUUCGCAGCUAUCCACUUGGCUUGAUGCCGCCUCGUUUGGAUCACAGCCUGCUCGUGCUAUCAUUGUGCCACAUGCCGGGUAUCGGUACUCAGGUGCAUGUGCAGCUUUCGGAUUCAAGCAGAUUGAUUCGGAAUCGACUGUUCACUAUGUGUUGAAUUGUGCAGUUUACGAGGAAUUGAAAAGCACGGGUGAAUUCAUAUCAUUUGCCCUCGGACAGGAUGAAGAUGAACAUUCAAUCGAAAUGCAGUUUCCAUACAUUGCAAAAGUUAUGGAGAGGUUUCGUGAUCGGUUUACAAUCGUCCCCAUUGUGGUUGGAAACUUGUCCCCCGAGCGAGAAGCUCUUUAUGGUCGAAUUCUGGCUCCUUAUCUGGCAAACUCAUCUAAUGUCUUUGUGAUCUCGUCAGAUUUCUGUCAUUGGGCUGAACAUUCCGUUCCCUAG